CCAAUGAUACAAGUGAUAUACAAAUACAUCUGCUAUCAAUUAAUGUAGACAUUACCUAGCAUAUUUAAAACCUCAACUCAAAAGUAUGACAAAAGGUGCAAUAAAAUAGUAUGCGUGAAUUGAUGCAAACUGAAGUGCAUCUGCAGCUAAAUAUGUUUCGUUUGUGAAAAACGGUCGCUUCGACGCCUCAUCCAACGUUGGAAAACUUUGCGCAAAAUCCUUAAAAUGCCACCGAAAAGGACAAAGGAGCUUCCUACAAAGCGGGAGAAUAGAUCCCGUGGAAGCCAAAAACAUGAUAUAAACAAAAUGACGGCAUACGAACUGAAUUCUUCCGAUUUGCGUUAUUUGCUACGAACAGCAUUAGAGCGAGAAGGAGACAGAUUCGACCCAAGUGGAUAUGCAUACGUCACGGUGGGUGAGGGGUCAAAUCCUGCAGCGCUAGAGUCUCAAGAUCCCCUUGCAUCCGAACAUCCACCAUUCGACGAUAGGAAGAGUGCAGAAAAAGAAAAACAAGCAGCACAUGGAGCAGGUACAUCUGGACUAAGAGGAUCUCAGAAAGGAAAAGAUUUUCUUCAGUCGUCACUGCGCAAUCAUGACGAAUGGAUUGAAAACACGUAUGCGACCGGUGAAUCGAUUCCUAAAAAAGAGGGAGGAACCUGCACAUUUCUCGAUGAUCUUUCGCAACAUAUUUCCAUUCCUAUUGAGGACGAAUCUGUUCCAUGCAAACGCCUGAAGAGUAAGAAGGAGAUCAUACAAGAAGUGCCAAUAACACCGAAUCAAGAUCCGUUAAAAUUGGUGGCCCAGCCGCUUGGCGUUGAUGAGUUACGUGCAAUGUUGCAAGCUGCCCUGCAGCAUCAAGAGGAAGUUUCAAAAUCUGCGGAAAGACAUACCCCUCCUUUCCCCAUCGAAGCUGGUCAUACACGAUCCUUGGAAAUAGUGCACCAGAUGGACAAGGAGAACAGCAGUGUCAUUGAACGAGAAACAGCUGACGCUUCGGCAUCGAAACCCAAUCCAGUCAUUGAUGAGUUCGGCGAACCAAACGCCGUAAUCUUCAACAUUGAAGAAGAGCACCUUGAAGAUGACGAUUCGCAAAACAUCGCGGACGACCAUGCUGAACAUUCUGGUCAAAUCAACACUCCGCUGGGGAGUCCAGCCGAUCGAUCUCCUUUGUCCGUGAGAAAGAUAUCUUCUGCCGGUGCUGCGACGAAUGUACUGAAUAAGUCACCAAACAUCGAUUAUCCGUUUGCAGCGAGUGUUGAGGAUGACAAUUCUUGGAAAGUGAAAUACAAAAAACUGGAAGGAAAUUAUAAAGAGCUAUCAGAUAAACAUAAAAAAUGUAAGCAAAAAAUAGCAAAACUUGAGCAAGAUAAGCUCACAUCGGAUGACUACGCUUUGCGAAUUGGAAAGGAGCUUAUGUUCAUCAAGGACAAGCAGAAGAUUCCCCAGAUGAAGUUGCUGAGCGCACGGCGUUGAGAGUUGGUUCGGAAAAUAUUGCCACAACGUUCAGAGAUGACUGUGGUUAAAAGGUACAUUGCCCAGAAAAUUGGUAAUUUAAAAAAAGCUGCCGAAGUGCGCAGAGCUAGAAGUGACCAUGGCCAACAAGAAGCGGCAAAUAUUCGGGUAUAAGGUACAAUUAUUUACUUCUACUUCUUGAAUUUUAAUAACUGGCGUCUUGUUUUUGAGCCGGUGAGUUUUCUUUUUUACAUGAGUUUAUAUGUAAAUGAACUUCGUACGAAAAUUUAAUCUAUCUUCUCUGAAGAGCAAAGAAAAUCGUUCAUUUUUUUGUAAUGAGGAUAUUGAAAUAAAAAUAAAUAUGAAACUAAAACAUAGAGUUAUUUAUCCAAUGAUCGACAUAAGUAUUAAUUCCAAAAUUUGUAUAUUUCAGGUACUUAGAUGGUAUAUAUAACAUGAUUUUCCCUUAAAUAAAGUGAUAAUAUAGCCUUGUCCCUUUAUCUAAAGGAUAUGCUAUGCAAACAUGUUAUAUUUGCCAAUCUUUAAGAAAA